AUGGCAGAAGCUACGACUGAACGUGCUAUUGACGGAAAGACAUUGCAGUCAUCAAAUCUCAAAAUACUUAACAACUUCGACGACUACUUGGUAGCCAUUGUGGGCAUCGAAGAUAAACAACACUUUCUUGAGCAACUUCCGACGAUGCUUAACAAUGAUCGUUUCCAAUCGUUUGAUGAUAUCAAAAACAGCCCUGUUUUCGUUCAUUCUGAAUUAGAGACUAAUGUUUUCUUAAUCAUUUCUGGUACACUGGGAAAACAAUAUCGUGAUCAACUUAUACUGGAAAGGCAACUAAAAUGUGUAUACGUUUAUUGUAAGAACGAGAGCUACCACAUUGAGUGGACGAAAGAGAUCAAGAAAAUCAGAUGUGUAACAUCUGAUCCAACAACAUUAACCAAAAAUCUUCACAAAGAUGUGAGAAUAUUCAGUAAUCGAUGGCCGUUUGACGAAAAAUCAUUUAUCAAAUCAUCAAUACCCACUUCCCAAUGGUUUCAUUUAUUUCUUACGAUGAUUUGUCACACACCUGACACUAUAAUAUUACCGUACGAUGAUAUGUUCAACGAAUGUCGUUUAUACUAUAAGAAUAAUCAAUCAACACUGAGAGAUAUCAAUUCGUUCGCCGAAAACCAUAAACCAGUGGAUACAAUUAAACAAUACACAAGUAAUGGUUUUCUGUAUCGUAUUCUCAAUCAUGCUUUACGUACACGAAACAUGCGACUUAUCAGGAAAUUCAGCCCGUUUAUUCGUGACUUACAUGGUCAGUUGUCUGACUGCCGAUUGAAGUAUCUGCGCAAUUUGGACAAAGAACAAUUGAUUCGGAGUGUUUACCGAGGACAACAUCUAACUGAAGAACAAGUGGGUCAUCUUUAUUCAGUUUGGAACUCCAAUCAUCCUGUUAUCACUCUGACCACAUUUGGCUCGACAUCACGGAAUCCGAAUGUUGCAUUUACGUUUUCACUGCCUGAAAAUGGCGUCGUUUCUUGUUUAUUUGAGAUCAUCAUCACUGACGAUCACAAUGAGUCGACAGAAAGCCUCCUCUAUGAACCACCAGUGUUUGCAGACAUUUCUUCAAUGUCUACUAUGCCCGACGAAAAAGAAGUCUUAUUUUCUCUUGUUACACGUUUUCGUAUAGUUCAAAUCGAACCACAACAAAUGGAAAACAUUGGCUCCCGGUGUGUAAUUACACUGAGACUAGCGGAGCCGGAAGAUAUGCAGAGUAAAUAUUCUGCUUCCAGCAUUAUCAAGGAGUUUAAGAAGAUAGAAGAUGGACAAGUCUAUAAGGAUAUUCUAGACAUGUUAGAACAAACUGCUGACGACGAGACAAAAUUCAACAGUACAAACUGGACAGUCUGGUGGAAUAAUCUGAACAAUCAAUGGCACCAAGGUGUCAGAGAUAAAUCACCACUCAAUCUCAUAUUCUAUGGGUGUUUUACCAGUAGUCCAAAGUGGUCCAGAGAAGCAAUCAAAAUGCAUAAGAAUAGUCUACGUACCAUUCCGAGUAUUGAAUCAAAUCGAUCUUGUUUUAGAAUACUUUACGAAUGGUCUAAUGCACUGACGACUGCGGUACCAACGAGAUGGCUAGCUUUGUACGAAGAAUAUCUGGAAGCGUUAUGUACAACAAACACGAAAGAAGCGAUAAAUACAGUGAAAACUGCUGCAGAAACAUAUAAAAAGAUCGGUGACAAGGCACAUGCAGAGAGCUGUGACAAAAAAUUAUUGGCAUUGAUUGGGAAUAAGAGCACUCGAAGAGACGGAAAUGAUUUUUAA